UGUAAACGAGUCUUGCGCUUUUACUGGUUAUAGACGACUAUCGAUUUCAUGUGCACACCUGAUGAUAAACAUCCGUCGUUGAUUUCUAUGUGGGAGUCCGCGCUUUCUUUCGUCCUUCAACCUUGUGCUGACUUGUCCUGGACAUGGACGUGGUGGAUGAGAGUCCGUCUGUUAAGAGUCUCAUAAGUAAAGUUCUUGAAGAUCACAGGAGCAGCAGAACUGAUCCUCCUCUCUUACUGAAGAAUGGCUCUCAGUUUAAGAAGGACCUGGAAGCUAUUAUAUCUCAGAAGCAGCCACCUGAGUCCAUCCGCACUUCAAAUGCAGGACAGUCUAGACACAAGGCUUGCGUGAAUAAUGUGCCGUGUGCCGGCCGAGCACUGAGGAAUGCUUUCUUAUCCAAUGGCCAGGAUAACUGGAAAGCACAUAUUAAACUGGCAAGAAUCAUCAGGAGGACAUGUACUGGUCUGGAGCUGGUGGAAUGGCUGAUGGAUCAUUUUGAAUUUAUCCAGAACAGGGCAAUGGCUUCCAAAAUCUGGAACAUUCUCCUGGACUUGGGUAUUCUGCUUUCAGUGGAGCAGAACAAUUUCUUUGAGGACUCCAGGUCUUUGUACCAGUUCACCUUUGAGGAAUGUGAGGCCCAGAGCUGUGAUUUCAGAAAUCAGGUCAACUGGCUGAGUGCAGUACAUCUGCUGCUACAGCUGGUCCCAUACGUGCAGCUUCGCACUGGAACCCACAAGCGUAGCAAUCAAGAAGAUGCGCAGAAAUCAUCUGAUGCUUGUAAUCCACUUCUUCAAAUGAGAGCAUUGGAGCAUCUCACCUCAACAGUGCAGAAUGAACUGUUGGCAGCUUUGGCUCGCAAGGCACAGACUAAAUCAAUGAUGGAGGAGAGCAGUCCAGAGCACAAUACUAACACGCCAGUACCAUCUCCAACUCCUGCUGUGCGCAAGCAGGGCCCUGGGGCUGGUAUGCGCGAUAGAGAGGAUAUCAGCCGUUUGGAGAUGGUCCAGAGACUGGCCAAGGACGGAUGCCGCCUUUUACACAGCCCGCUCAAAGCUACCGAAAGGCCUGCUGAGCCCCCCAGUGACGCAGCAGUCCGUGUGUGUGAGAGAGAGCGGAGCCACGAGGUCCUGCUGCCUCAGAGGACGACGUCACCGAGAGCUCCCUCCUCCUCCUCCUGCUCCUGGAUCGGGAGGUACGCUGCUGUGCCUGCCACCCCUGAAAAGGUUUUGGAGCAUCUGCUGGGCCACCUGAGGCUGGACGAGGAGCAAAAGAGCCCCCAGAGCAGAGAGACAGAGAGUCUACUGGAUGACUUCCUCCUGACAUAUCCUGUGUUCAUGUCCACCAGUGACCUGUGCCAAGCACUACUUGGUCACUAUUGUUCAAAGAAAGGACGGAUGAAAGAGGAAGGGAGAGACACUCUACUUAGGAAACGAAAAGUGCUGCACCUGCUCUCCCAGUGGAGCUCACUGUGCACAGACCUGCCGCAGGACGAUGAGCACGCCAAACUAUUCCUCAAGACUCUGUACAGAUAUGUUCUGGAUGAUCUCUAUGAGUUUCCCUCUCUGGAGAAGGACCUCAAAGAACUUCAGAAACUUCUAAGGAUGCAAAGGAGACACACGGUAGAUGAAUCCUCUCCGCAGAAGAAGAAUAAAGCGCUCUUCCACCAGCUGAGUUUGAAAGAGAACUGGCACCCUGUAAGAGGAGCUCAGAGGGAUAGGAAGGAAGUGCUGUGUCGCGUGUACGUGACCAUAGAUUCAUACGUGAGCGUGAGGACGCACAGUGACGUAUCCGUGCAGGAACUGCUGAGGACUGUGGCCGAAAGGCUUGACUAUGCUGAGGACGACAUGGUGUUGAUGGCCGUCGCAUAUCCUGGAGAGAAGGUUCUGCUUCAGUCGGAUCAGUGUGUGUUCUCGUCUUCACUCAGUGCCGCUGAGAGACUGCUCGUCUGCAGAAGAGACCUGACUGAGAUCAUGAGUCCCUUUACUGAUAAUGGGCAGCAGCACUCAGUAAAGAUGCUGAGCAUGAACACAUGGGAUGUUGCCGUGUCGCUCACCAACUGUGACUGGAGUCUCUUUACUAACGUCCAUGAGCAAGAGCUGGUGCAUUUUACGCUGAGCCGCGAUGCGAGCGCUGGCCACACGGUGGCGCUGGAGCAGCUGUUGCAGCGCUGUAACGAGACUCAGCAGUGGGUGAUGACCGAAGUGCUUCUGUGCCCAACCCUCUGCAAACGUGUGCAGCUCUUUAAAAAAUUCAUCAAGAUCGCAGCACACUGUAAAGCACAGAGGAACCUGAACUCAUUCUUUGCGAUUAUUAUGGGACUGAACAGUCCGGCUGUCAGUCGACUCACUCAGACAUGGGAGAAAGUCCCUGGGAAGUUCAGGAAGUUGUUCUCUGAGCUGGAGAGCCUGACGGACCCUUCUUUAAACCAUAAAGCCUACAGAGAUGCCUUUAGGAAGAUGAAGUCUCCCAAGAUCCCUUUCCUACCUCUGCUUCUGAAAGAUAUUACCUUCAUUCAUGAGGGCAACAAAACCUUUCUCGACAACCUGGUCAACUUCGAUAAGCUACACAUGAUAGCAGACACGGUGCGGAUUAUCAGACAGUGUCGGACAGAUCACAUGGGAAACAUGUUGUCCCAGAAGGACAGCGUGGAAGUGAGAACGUACAUCAAUUACCUGCACGUCAUCGACAAUCAACAGACUCUAUUUGAGCUCUCACACAGACUUGAGCCCAGGACAUAGAACAACUCGAUAAAUCCUAAAUCUACUACUGAACGAGACAGGACAACAGAAGAGUAAGUCCUCCACUAGGGGGAGACACUCUCACACCUACCACACAGAGCAGAUACAUGUAUUGCACAGCCAAAGAAAUCUCUACAAGAUCAAUAAUGUGAAAGAAAGAAAGAAAGAAGCUGAAUCAUGCAAGACUGUGAAAUAUAAAAUUGGCUUCUGAAAUCUACAGAACAGUUGUAACAGGAAUGAAACAUUACAGUGAUCCAGUAUUCUGUAAGUUACAGUACAGAAACAUCAUGUUUAGAAUCAGAUGUUUAUUAACAGCAGACUGUCACUCAGUAGUGUAGGACAGAGUUUUAGUUGUUUUGAGCCAGUUUGCCACUACAAAAUAGUUUCACAAAUGGAGCCAGAGAUGUUUUUUUUUAACAUAUGCAUAUAUGAGAAAAUAAUCUUCAUGUCUGUGUAGUUCAAUUAAUACGAAAUAUGAGCUACAUACACAAAUCAUAAAACAAUUUGAUGCCUUUUUAUAUCAUGCUCAACAAACUAUUUGUAGACAAUCAGAAAAAUAUCUCAAGGCAGCACACUGUAUUUUAGGUACAGCAUUGCUACCAGAAGCGAGAAGUAGAACUCUAGAUUAAAGCGACCAUUAGUUGAACUUAAGGACACUAUAAGGACAUCUUAAAAUAAUGCAUAUCUUUGCAAUUGCAAGGUCUAUGCAAUUUUUUUUUUUGCAGAAAUAAUUGGACUAACUUCAUUGGAAAGGCCCUGUUUGAAAUCAACUGUGAGCUGUGAUGGCACUAGAUGUUGCUUGAAGAAAGCAAAUGUAUAGAUUUCUUGUACAAGCUGUACUUUGACUUGUGAGACAUUAAGAUAUUUAUUAAACAACAAAGUUGUCCCUGAUUCAGAAGGGAAGACAACACCUAGGUUUUAAAUACAAAGAAAUGAUGUAAUGUAAAUGUGAUCAGAUGGUCUGAAGGAUUUGGCAACGCCAUUGAUUGACCAGUCUGAUAAUGCCUGUGAGGUUCAUACUGUAUUUGAACUCUGUAAAUACUAAGACUUUUUUUUUUAAAAAUAAUAAUAAAUAAAUAAAAAAAACAGGCCAUAAAGCAAUAGAAAGGUGUACAUCUCACCUUCAGAAAAAAAAAUGUUAGCAGUGACUGACUGUAGCUGCUGUUUGCACUAGUUUUCUUCAAUAAGAGCCUGACAUUAAAGAAAAAAAAAAAAUCCUUU